GUCCAACCGAUCUCAAGUUAGAUCCAAUUAACCUUUAAACUUCUCUGCACAUAUUAUUUGAUACCCCUUCUCAUAUUUGUAUAUAUAACUCAUAUCUUCAACAUGGGCUCCGUUGCACAAUCUACUGAUGCUGUCUGGCUCCGGAAUGAGAACGUCCCCACUUUCAUUGAAGACACAGUCGCAAACCUGGUUCAGAAGCAGGUGGAGAUACGACCCGAUGCACUCGCUGUUGAUGCGCACGAUGGAACUUGGACAUAUGCCCAACUUGAAGAGGCAUCCAAUCGCGUUGCCCACUAUCUCGCCGGGAAAGGCGUGGGACCGGAAGAUGUUGUUCCCCUGUGCUUUGAGAAAUCGCGAUGGGCAAUUGUUGGUAUUCUGGCAGUCUUGAAAGCUGGAGCCGCCUUUGUUUUCCUGGACCCAUCACACCCCGUCGAUCGAAGGCAGUAUAUCACAUCGGAAGUCGAGGCUAAAGUUAUAAUAUGCUCUCCCGCACAAGCUUGCCUUUACGGAACCGAUUUCCCACCCACAUUCGCCCUUUGCCAGGAAAACCUUGCAUCCCUACCAGCACAAUCCGGCGCACCAACGAGCGGUGCCGUACCGACCAAUCUCCUCUACAUCAUUUUCACAUCAGGCAGUACUGGAAAGCCGAAGGGCUGUUUGAUUGAGAACAGGGCUUUCUUGAGCGGCUCGUUGCGACAUGCAGAGCGCGCUGACAUCGACCAUACGACUCGCAUCCUUCAGCUGGCAUCCUACACUUUUGAUGUUAGUAUGCUCGAAAUCUUGACCGCUUUGGUACACGGUGCCUGUAUUUGCACCCCUGACAUGGCUUUUAUGGCGAACGGCCCCGCCUACAUUGUCAACGAAUACAAAAUUACCUGGACGUUCAUGACACCUUCGCUGGUUAAGCUCAUGGCGCCCGAUAUGGUGCCAACUCUCAAGACAUUGGCCUUGGGAGGCGAGCCGCUAGCUAAGGUGGAUAUCGAGACCUGGGCUGACCAUGUUCGACUCAUCAACGGCUACGGGCCUAGUGAGGCCUCUGUUGCCGCAACGGCCAACACAGAAGUGACCCGCGACACCGAUCCCGCAAACAUUGGAUACCCGGUUGGAGGGAUUUGCUGGAUUGUGGAUGCCGAGGACCACGACGUCCUGCUCCCUCCCGGUGAAGUUGGCGAACUUUUGAUUGAGGGGCCGAUUUUGGCUCGUGGCUACAUGAAGAACAAGGAGAAGACCGAUGAGGUUUUCAUUGAGCGCCCUGCUUGGGGACCCACUACUAAGACAGGAGAGAACAGGAGGUUUUACAAGACCGGCGAUCUUGCCAAGUUCUUGCCAGAUGGAUCGAUCUACUUUAUCGGACGAAAGGACACCCAGGUGAAACUGCGAGGACUUCGUAUUGAGUUGGGCGAGAUCGAGCACAAUAUCGGCACCCACCCGCAAGUCCGUCACCAAGUUGUUAUUCUUCCAAAGAAGGGUCUUUUCGCGAACCGCCUUGUUGCACUGGUUUCCCUUAAAGAUUACUUGAUCGAGACCACUGAAGCUGUUGAAGCAACCGCAUAUGUUCACGAGGAAAUGCACAGCGAGACAGUUCAGCAACAUCUCCAGUCUAUCCGCGACGGACUGGCUUCCAAGGUCCCCGAAUACAUGGUCCCCGAAACCUGGAUUGUUCUCGAACGCUUCCCCCUUCUACUCUCCGGCAAGCUGAAUCGAUCCCUCGUCAGCAGCUGGAUUGCUGAGGCUGAUAACGGCCUUUACCGUCAGGUGGUCGGUAUCGAUUUCGAAGAAGUUGCCGAUGAAGAAAACGCCGAUAGUACCGAGGAGGAGCUUCGAUCGAUUAUUUCCGCCGUUCUCAACCUCCCUCUCGCCAAUGUCAGCCUACAAAAGUCUUUUCUCAGCCUGGGAGGCGACUCCAUCACGGCUAUGCAAGUAAUGGCCCGCUGCCGUGGCGCCGGGCUUGCUGUUAGUGUCAAGGACAUCCUCCGGAGCAAGACUAUCACUGAGCUUGCCUCUCGUGUUACAUCUGCUGGCGAGGCCUCCUAUUCGACUGAAGAGAAAUUUGAUGUUCCUUUCGAACUUUCCCCCGUCCAGCGUAUGUAUUUCGACAUCAUUCCGGAUGAAAUUGACGACUCUCGCCAAACUCGGUUCAACCAAAGUUUCUUCCUGAAGGUCGAGCGACCAGUCGCUGGUUCCAACGUCGCGAACGCGCUUGAACUUGUCGUGACUCAGCACUCUAUGCUUCGCGUUCGGUUCGAGCAGAAUAACGGCAAAUGGAUGCAAGUGAUCCCCUCCCAGAUCAAGGAUACUUUCAGUUUCUCAGUUCGCGACAUCGAUUCCGCCCAGGACGCCUACCCGAUCAUGGCCGAGACACAAUGCUCAUUGGACACACAAAAUGGUCCAAUCUUUGCUGUCGUUCUUUUCAACACAGCAUCCGAGGGGCAAUUUCUCUUCCUAGUCGCUCACCACGUCAUGAUCGAUCUCGUUUCGUGGCGCGUGAUUCUUCGCGACUUGGAGGAGAUCUUGACCACUGGAUUGCUAACUGCAGCCAAGCCAAUUCCCUUCCAGAACUGGCUGGCUCUCCAGGCUGAGCAUGCGACUAAGACCGACGUUUCUAGUGUUCUUCCAUACUCCAUUCCAUCCCCUGACUUCGAUUACUGGGAGAUGUCCACCAAGCCCAACCGCAUGUGCGAUACCGAGGAGACGAUCAUCAGACUGGACCUUGCUCAGACAAAAGAGCUACUUGAGGGUGCCUGCCACUCCACCUUUAAUACUGAGCCUAUUGAUCUGCUGCUUGCAUCCCUGGUCUACUCGUUCAAUCAGACCUUCAGCGAUCGCGCUGUUCCUGCUCUUUUCCGUGAGGGACACGGCCGCGAGCCAUGGGAUGAUGAUCUCGAUAUCUCUGGGACCGUUGGUUGGUUUACCACCAUGUACCCAUUGUACGUAGAGAUGCAGAAGGACUUCGACAUGCUGGAGGUUGUCAAGCGUGCCAAAGACGUGCGACACAGCGUCCCAGCCAACGGUCGCCCAUAUUUCGCUUCUCGUUAUCUCAAUGAGGCUGGUAUUGCCAAAUUUGGUGACCAUGGCCACGUGGAGCUGUCCUUCGACUACCUUGGUCUUUACCAACAGAUGGAACGCUCCGAUGCUCUUUUAACACAGGUUCCAGGAUACCAGGCCAUCUUCGAGGAUGUUGGCAAGGAGACCUCCCGUUUCGCACUUGUAGAGAUCACGGCCGAAGUCCUCCAAGGCCAGAUGCAGUUGCUCUUCGUUCACAACAAGCACAUGAAGAACCAGGACUUGAUCCAGUCUUGGAUUAGCAGCACGCAACAGUGCCUCUCUCGUGCCAUCGAGCAGCUUCAGGCAAGCCAAAAGCAGUUGACACUUGCUGAUUUUCCCUUGUUGAAACUUUCCUACGAGGAUCUUAACACCCUCGUCCAGACCAAGCUCCCAGAGAUUGGUAUCUCUGACGUUACGCGUGUCGAGAGUAUUUACCCUAGUUCUCCAAUGCAGCAUGGUUUGUUGAUAAGCCAGGUUCGUGCAGAGACUCAGGGAGCAUAUGAAUACAACCACACGCUCAAGGUCGAGACUAGGAACUCCUCUGAUAUCCUAGAUGUGAAGAAUUUGGCAUCGGCUUGGGCUCAGGUUGUGCAGCGCCACACAUCUCUUCGAACUGUUUUCAUUGAGAGUGUAAGCCACGCAGGACUCUAUGACCAGGUUGUGCUCAAUUCUAUUGAUCCAAAUGUUCACGUUCGAGAAUGUCAGGAGAGUGAGGUAGACGAGAUUUUCAACUCGGUCGACAAGCUAGCGUUCCGUGCUGGUGGUGCUCUGCAUCGAUUCACCAUCUCCCAUGUUUCUGCUACUCGGGCCUACUGCAAGCUCGAGAUUAACCAUGCUAUCAUUGACGGUUCUUCCAUUGCGAAUAUCAUGGGAGAUUUCAUCUCUGCCUAUGACGGCCGUAUUUCCGAUCGCAACGGCUUUGUUUUCGAGGAUUACAUCAAGCACGUCCUCGAGCGUCCUGUUAGCAUGGCCACCGACUUCUGGAAAGAGUAUCUUGCCGACGUUAACCCAAGCUUCUUCCCUCUCAUGGCUCACUGGGAGGAUGCCAUAGACCCUGCCCGGAAACUUGAGACCGUCACCAUAGAUGUUGGCCUCACGCCCACAGAUCUCACCAACUUCUGCAACGAGGCCAAUGUAACCCUCGUGAACAUCUUCCAAUUUGCCUGGGGAUUGGUACUGAAGCAGUACAUUGGUACUGAGGAUGUCUGUUUCGGAUAUCUUUCAUCUGGCCGUGAUGCUCCCAUCAGCGGCAUUGAGGAGGGUGUCGGCGCAUUCAUCACUAUGCUCGUCAGCCGCAUGCUAUUGGAUGACACCGUCACUAUGUCUUCUGCUCUUCAGAAGGUUGCUGAUGAUCUCACUCGUACCCUCCCUAACCAACACUGUGGUCUUGCAGAGAUUCACCAUGCUCUGAAGCUCGGUAGCCAGCCACUCUUCAACACCAUCAUCUCCUUCCACAGGGAGACUGAUGCCGAAAUACUUACCGACUCUAGCAUCAAGGUUGAGGCUAUCAAGGGAUACGACCCCACCGAGUACGCUCUUUCCCUGGAUGUUGGCGUUACUGAGACGAAGAUCGACGUGACUAUGCAAUUUUGGACGUCCGACUUCACCUCUGCUCAGGUCCGCAACAUUGGCGCUACUCUUGCAGAGGCGGUCAAGGCGACUAUCCAACAAUCCGACAAGGCUAUUGGUGCUGUCGACCUCGUCAGUCCUGCGCACCUUCAGCAACUCCGUCAAAUCACUUCGGUAUAUCCACAGUACGUCAAUGAGUGCGUGCACCAUGCCAUCGAAGCUCAGGCCGCUGCGACUCCUGAUGCCGAAGCGAUCUGUUCAUACGAAGGAAGCUGGACGUACAAAGAACUCAAUGACCAGGCUACUCGUCUUUCCCAUUACCUAGUUUCUCUUGGUGUUGGUCCUGAGGUCAUUGUUCCCUACGUCUUCCAGAAGUCUGCGUGGGCAACCGUUUCGAUCCUAGCUAUUCUGAAGGCUGGUGCGGCAGGUGUCGCUUUUGACCCUAGCCACCCGAUUGAACGUAUUGAAGGCCUUAUUGAACAGACCGGUUCUACCGUCAUCCUAGCCUCAACUCGCAAUGUCAGCCUCUUCGACAACACACCCAACCUCAAGAAGGUCAUAGAGGUCAGCGCCGACUCGAUCGCUGCUCUUCCCGAAGUGUCUGGUCCUGCCAACACUACAGUCAAGCCCGAAAAUGCUUGCUUCGUUGUAUUCACCUCGGGAACAACUGGCAAGCCCAAGGGUAUAAUCCUUGAGCACCGGAAUAUGCGUACUUGUACUACUUCUAUGGGCGAGGUCCUUGGUUUUGGUCCCAACACUCGUGCCCUACAAUUCGCUGCAUACAACUUCGAUGUUUCGCUCCAGGAUAUCCUCACGACACUACAGAUGGGAGGUACCAUCUGCGUCAUCUCUGAUGAGGAGCGCAUGAAUGAUCUCGCUGGUGGUAUCAACCGUACCAGAGCUACGUGGGCCGAUCUCACUGCCACUGUCAGCGGGAUGCUCAAGCCCUCUGAUGUGCCAAGCAUGCAGCGACUCAACAACGGAGGCGAGCCACUCAACCGCGAUGUCGUCGAGACAUGGGCCGAUCAUGUUGAGUUCUACAAUCUUUACGGCCCUGCUGAGACUACUGUCAACCAGACUGCUAGUGUUCGGCUUUCCAAGACUUCUCCUGCUUCGAAUAUCGGCCCCGCCUACGGAACACACGUCUGGAUCGCCAACGACCAGGAUCACAACCGACUUGUUCCCAUGGGCUGUGCAGGUGAGAUUCUAAUUGAAGGUCCUCUGUUGGCUAGAGGAUAUCUCAAGGAGCCUGAAAAGACAGCUGCUGCUUUCAUUGAGAACCCGACAUGGGUAUCUCAAUUCCCCGAUCCCACUGCCAUCCAGCCUCGUCGCUUCUAUAAGUCUGGUGAUAUCGGUUGUCUCAACACUGACGGCAGUAUCACUAUCAUCGGUCGUCGUGAUGCCCAAGUCAAGAUCAACGGUCAACGUGUCGAGCUCGAUGAGAUCAUGUACCAGGCCCAGUUGCUCUUGCCCGAAGGCUACUCGAUGGUCGUCGAUGCUGUUGCUAUUGAAGAGCACACAAAGAGUAAGACUAUUGUAGGUUUCAUUACUAACCCAGAUUUCGCCAAGUUCAAGAACAGCGACGAGCAGACAACCUUCGAGAUUGAGGAUGAGCUCAGGCGCGUAUUGAAGGAUCUUCAAGGCUCCCUCGCCAAAGUCCUACCGUUCUAUAUGAUCCCUUCUCUCUUUGUUCCCGUCUUUAACAUUCCUUACACUACCUCCGGAAAGCUUGCUCGACCCAUCUUGAGGCAGAUCGUCGCUGGUUUCGACAAGGCUCAGGUAUCUCACUACAUGCUGCGUUCUGCCUCUGCCGAACAACCUCGUACUCCAACGGAGCAGAUCCUUCAGACUCUGUUCAGCGAGAUUCUCAGCGUCGAUGCUAAAACAAUCAGCCGUGACGACAAUUUCUUCGGUCUUGGUGGUGACUCUGUCGGUGGUAUGAAGAUGGUUGCUGCUGCUCGCAAGCACAAUGUUACCAUCCGGGUUGCGGACAUCUUCAAAUUCCCCAUCUUGAAUGAGCUCGCCGAGAUCGUCGAGAAGUCUCAGGACAGCGCUGCGGCAUCCGACCUCGCACCAUUUGCGCUUGUUGACGCCGCUACGAAAGACCAGACCAUUGCUGAAGCAGCCACUCAAUGCAGCCUCACGCCUUCGGACAUCGAGGACAUCUACCCUACCUCUGCACUUCAGGAGGGUAUGAUGGCUUUGGGCUUGAGGAAAGAGGGUGCCUAUAUCGCACAGAAGGUCUUCUGUCUUCCUCCAACUUUCGAUAUUGCCAAGUUCCAAAAUGCUUGGUCUCAAGUGAUCGAAUCGGAGGCUAUUCUACGAACCCGCAUCGUCUCCUCCAGUACCGGUAACCUUCAGGUUGUCAGCAAAGCGCCCAUAGCAUGGCAGCAAGGUGAUGAUUUGGAGUCUUACCUCGCUAAGGACCAAGCCACUGCCUUCCAAUAUGGACAGUCGCUCAUGCGCCUGGCCAUUGUCAACAAGGAAUACUUUGUAUGGACAGCGCACCAUGCUAUCUAUGAUGGAUGGUCCGUUGCACUUCUCUUUGAGAAGGUAGCCCAUGCCUAUGGUGGUGAAGAGAUCACGAGCUCCACCCUGUUCAAGACUUUCAUCGGGCGCCUUGCUGAAACUCCCCAAUCCGCCAAUAUCGACUUCUGGAAGAGCCAAUUCACUACACAAGGCAGCUUCCCCACCAGCUACCCUGAAGUUGGUCUUGGAUACGCCGCUGCAUCCAAGAAGACGAUUUCCAUCCAGGGCACAACUCCAGCUGUCUCUUCUAACAUUCUUCCAUCCACGAUCAAGCGCGCUGCCUGGGCCCUUACCAUCGCUACCUAUGCCGAUUCCGAGGAUGUCGUUUUCGCCCAGACUCUUGCUGGUCGCAACCUCGCUCUCGACGGAAUCGACAACAUGAUGGGACCGACCAUUACUACUGUCCCAGUUCGCGUCUUGGCUCCUAAAGAAGGAAUCACAGUCAAGGAUUUCCUCGAGAAGGUCCAGAACGAUUCUAUUGCCUCGAUUGACUACGAGCACUAUGGUCUUCAAAACAUUCGCGAUGCCAGCAAUGAGGCUCGCACCACCGUGGACAGCAUCACUAACCUGUUCGUCAUCCAACCUGCCGAAGAGGGUGAAGACACCAUGCUGGACUUGGAAACCGUCGACCGCCCUGAAGAAAACUUCGACACUUAUCCUCUUGUUGUUCUCUGCAAUCUUGGUAAAGACAACGACUUCACUAUUGAGGCGAUGUACGAUGAGGAUAUCAUCCCCACUGAGCAAAUGACCCGCAUGCUUCACCAGUACGAGCAUUUUGUCAACGAGCUAUCUGGUGACGCGUCCAGGCCUAUUGAGCAAAUGAGCCUUCUCAACAAAUAUGAUUUCAAGGACGUCACCACUUGGAACGCCGAACUCCCCGAGGGCGUCAACGCCAGAAUCCCCGACCUCAUUGCCGAAAACGUUGCGAGCAGGCCUGACGCUCAAGCUGUCUGUGCAUGGGACGGUAGCCUCACUUACCGCGAACUUGACAUUGUCACUUCUAAGAUCGCCAACCACCUCGUUACUCUUGGUGUUGGCCCUGAAGUUAAGGUUGGCCUAUGUUUUGAUAAGUCGCUGUGGAACAUCGUUUCCAUGUUUGCUGUCAUGCGUACGGGUGGUGUCUGCGUACAACUGCUGCCAAAUUACCCCAUGCCUCGUAUGCUCAGCAUCUUGGAGGACAUUGAGGGAGAGGUUGUUCUCGUUUCUCCUCAGCAUGCAGGCUUGUUCGAUGGAGUUGUGCCCAACAUAUUGUCCAUCGAUCAGUCUUUCGUGGACGCCCUUCCCUCCACAUUCGAAUCCUUCGAAGCCCCGGCUUAUGGCCCCGAGAGCGCUGCUUUCAUCGUGUUUACUUCCGGAAGCACAGGCAAACCUAAGGGCGUCAUCAUCGAGCAUCGGGGUUUCUGUACUAUGGCCAAAUAUCAGUUACCAGAGAUCCAACUUUUCCCCGAUUCUCGCGUACUUCAGUUCGCCACACACACUUUCGACAUCUGCCUCUUCGAGAGUUUCUCGCCACUCGUUAAGGGCGCUUGUGUAUGCGUUCCUUCUGAGUAUGACAGAAUGAACAACCUUGUUGGCGCUAUCAAUGCUUUGAAUGUAGACUGGAUCAUCAUGGUCUCCACCGUUGCCGACACUUUCCAUCCUGACCAAGUCCCCGGACUCAAGUCAAUCAUCCUGGGUGGUGAACCACUUCGCGCUGACAUUCACGCUCGGUGGGCUCCUCGUGUCAAUCUCUUCAACGACUAUGGCCCCGCUGAGUGCUCCAUCUUGGCCGUCAUGACUCGAUCCUACCUCGAAACCCCUUGCUCUAUGAUCGGACAGGCCAAGGGUGGCCGUGCUUGGGUUGUUGACAAGGCCGACCACAACCGUUUGGUUCCUGUUGGUUGUGUUGGAGAGCUACUUAUUGAGGGUCCUCUACUCGCUCGCGGAUAUCUCAAGAACCCCACUAAGACAAACGAAUCCUACAUCUACGACCCAUCCUGGGCUUCUCAGAUCUCGCCCAACCCUACCAGACUCUACAAGACCGGUGACCUUGUCCGCUACGUCAAAGAUGGCAACAUGCUGUGCUUGGGCCGUAAGGACACUCAAAUCAAGAUUCGUGGUCUUCGUGUCGAGCUUGGUGAGAUCGAGCAUCACGUUAAGACCAGCUCUUUUGGAACUCAGAAGCAAGCUGUUGAGAAGAUUCUCCUCGGUGGGGAUGUGGAGAAAGCCGCACUUGCUGCUUUCGUCGUCCCAUCUGCCGAAGACAUUGUAGACGAUUCUGAAGAGGUUUUACCAUUGUCUACGACUCUCAAUGUCAAAUUCGCCAAGCUCAAAGAACACAUUGCGCAGUCUCUCCAGGCUUAUAUGGUUCCAUCUUUGUACAUUCCUCUACGCAAGAUGCCCGAGACACAGACGAACAAGAUCGAUCGCAAUGCUUUGAAGCGCAUUGGAGCCGCUUUGACUGCCGAACAGAUUGAACAAUAUUCUCUUGGAGGUGAGGAGGACACCGCUUCUAAGCGUGCUCCUUCCACCCCCAUGGAGUCUGCUCUUCAGGCCAUCUGGGCUGAUCUCCUUCGCAUUGAGCCCGCUACUAUCGGCGCCGAUGACAGCUUCUUCAGCAAGGGUGGUGACUCUAUCAAGGCUAUGCGCCUCACAUCCCUGGCCCGAACUGCCGGGAUCAAGUUGAUCGUCGCCGACAUCUUCAAGAACCCAAUUCUUUGUGAUAUGGCGGAGGUUGCUGUCUUCGACAAUGAAGAGGCUGCCGCCACAAUUUCUCCAUUUUCUCUUGCCCCAGCUGAGGAAAACCUUAUCCAAGACGCUGCAGGCAAAUGUGGAAUUCCCGAGGAGGACGUGGUUGACAUCUAUCCUUGCACUCCUCUGCAGGAAGGUCUGAUGGAACUCGCUACCCAACAGAAAGGAGCAUACACUGCCCAAAGAGUCUUCCGCCUCCCUGAAAAUAUCGACAUUCAACGUUUCAAGAGUGCUUGGAGCCAGCUUGUCGCACUUCAUCCUAUCCUCCGCACACGCAUCAUCCUUUCCAAGACUUCUGGUGCUGUGCAAGUUGUAGUCAAGGAGGACGUCAACUGGCGACAAGAGAUUGCCCUUGAAGAUUACCUUAGUAAUGAUAAGUCCGAGUUCGUACAAUACGGCAGCCCUCUGGCUCGCUAUGCUCUGGACUCAGAGCACCGCCAUUUUGUUUGGACCGUCCAUCACGCUCUCUACGAUGGACACAGUGCGAUUGUCCUCAUGGAACAGCUCGAGGCUAUUUACAACGGUGCCCAGAUAGAGGCAGCACCUGCCUAUAACCGAUUCAUCAAGCAUAUUACCGAGGUCGAUGCCGAGGAAACCAAGGCAUUCUGGAAGAAUCAGCUUGGUCAGGGCAACGCCAACAGCUUCCCAUCUCUCCCAAGUGCCACCUACCAGCCAUCUCCCGACUCCGAGGUCACGCGCAGUAUUGAAAUCGCUCGCAAGGCUGAUCGGGGUGUCAUUCUCUCGACCAUUCUCCGUGCUGCCUGGGCGAUUGUGACCAGUCGAUACAUGGGUUCUGAGGAUAUUGCUUUUGCCGCUACCAAUUCCGGCCGCAAUGCACCUGUUCAAGACAUUGAAAACAUCGUUGGUCCUACCAUCACAACGGUUCCAAUCCAACUCCAGGCCAACGCCAACGCCUCAAUUGCUGAGUUCCUCGCUACUGUGCAGCAACAAUCCACCGAAAUGAUACCCUUUGAGCAUGCAGGUGUUCAGAACAUUUAUGCCAUGGCUAGUGAGAAGCAGAACCUCAAGAACCUGUUUGUCAUCCAACAGCCACUUGGCGAAGUUCAGCAAGAGUCUAUGCUCGAGGAAGUACUUGACAAGAACCUCCUUCGUGGGUUCCACAUCUACGCCGCUGUUGUUGAGUGCAUGGUCAUGAGCGAGAGCAAGGUCGACAUCGAGCUUCAGUUCGACCACAAAGCUCUACCUGAAGCUUCUGCGCGCAUCGUCUUGGACCAAUUCGAGCACGUCGUUCAUCAGCUUGUUAGUGCAUCAGCAUCAACGCCCCUCAAGGACAUCAGCCUUGUCACGCCCGCCCACUAUCAGCAGAUGAUCGAAUGGAAUGACCUCGUACCCAUGAAGCGCGUUGACGACUGUGUCCACAAUAUCUUCCGUGAGCAAGUGGAGAUUCGCCCCGACGCUGUCGCUGUCACUUCCUGGGACGGCGAGGUUACCUACAAGCAGCUCGACGAGCUUGCCGACAAGGUCGCUGCAUUCCUUGUUGAGAAGGGUGUCAAGCCCGAAUACCUUACCCCUCUCUGCUUCGACAAAUCUAUGUACACGAUUGUUGCUAUGAUGGCUACUCUCAAGGCUGGCGGUGCUUGUGUUCACCUUGGAAAGAACUCACCAAUUGAUCGCAUGAGCGAGAUCAUCAGCCAGACUGGCGCAAGCUUCGUCCUCACUGACAGCAUUCACGCCCACAAAUUUGAUGGGGUUUCCGAGGCUAUCGUUAUCGACCGGACCUUCAUUGACUCUCUAACUUCAAGCACUCCUCUUCCUACGGUUUCUCCAAACAAUCCUGCAUUUGUGUUAUUCACUUCAGGCAGCACAGGUAAACCGAAGGGAGUGGUUGUCGAGCACGGUUCUCUGUGCACCAGUUCCCUGGCCCACGGAACUAACCGCAAGGUCGGUCCUUGGACCCGCCUUUUGCAGUUCGCUGCUUACACUUUCGAUGUUUCCGUCGCCGACAUCUUCACUACCCUCCAGCGUGGCGGUUGCAUCUGCGUACCCUCUGAAGAUGAGCGCAUCAACGACUUGCCGGGUGCAAUCAACAGAAUGAACUGCAACUACGGUUUCCUUACUCCAACUGUUGCUGGAAUGCUCGACCCCCAGUCUGUGCCUAACUUCAAGAGGCUGAUCCUUGGUGGUGAACUUCUCACUCAAGACAACGUCCAACGAUGGGCUCCUGUGGCUGAUCUCAUCAUCUCAUACGGAAUGACGGAAUGCAGUAUCCACUGUAUGGAUGCUGUUCCUCUCACUGUUGAAAGUGACCCGGCUGACCUCGGUCGACCAUCUGGCUGCCACAUGUGGAUCGUCGACGCAGACGACCACAACAGGCUUGCACCUAUUGGCGCCAUUGGUGAACUUGUCAUCGAGGGCAGGAUGGUGUCUCGUGGAUACCUCAAUGACAAGGCCAAGACCGACGCAGCCUUCGUUUACGACCCAACCUGGUCUCAGGGCACCGGCCAGACCCGACGCAUGUACAAAACAGGCGAUCUCUGCAAGUACAGUGCUGAAGGAACCAUCUGCUACGUCAGCAGGAAGGACUUCCAAGUCAAGCACCACGGCCAACGUAUCGAGCUUAGCGAAAUUGAGCAUCACAUUGUCGCUGAUCCUCGUGUUAAGCAGGCUGUUGUUCUUCUGCCCAAGGCUGGCUAUCUCCAGAAGAGGCUUGUUGCUAUUCUCUCGCUAGAGUCUCUGGCGAUGGACCUCUCCCCCGAGACCCAGCUUGCCUUGAUUUCAGGUCUCGACAAGGGACUUGCUGAUGUCCAGAUUUCGGCAGUCCGUAACCACCUCGCCACCAAGGUGCCCGACUACAUGGUGCCAGCGGUGUGGAUCGUCACUCGCGCUAUGCCUUUGACACCAAACAAUAAAAUGGAUAGAGUUACUACGACAAAGUGGUUGGUAGAGAUGGAUGACAAGACCUACGAGACGAUCGUAGGUGGGGAGGAGGAAGAAGGAGGUGCACCAGCUACUGAACAACAGCAACGUCUUCAUGACAUCCUUGCCGGUGUCCUCGGGUUGCCAACUAUCAACAUGAACCGAUCCUUCCUCGACUUGGGAGGAGACUCAAUCACUGCUAUGCAGCUCCGCGCCAAGGGGCAAACUGCUGGCAUUUCGCUCACCGUUCGCGACAUUCUUACUUGCGAGAGCAUUUGUCACCUUGCCGUCGAGGCUAAAUUCCAGGGCGAGGAUGGCGAUGACGAAGUCAUCGGUCAGAAUUUCGCACUUACAGCGUGGCAACAGGCACUGAUCGAACAAGGCGCCGACAAUCAAAACGUCCUUGUCCGUCUGAACUCUUCCACUACUGUUCCCAAGCUCGUCCGAGCUAUUGAGGCUCUUAUUCAACAACACUCCAUGCUUCGAGCCCGCUUUACCCGCGACACUCAGGGUCAAUGGAGCCAGAUCAUCACCAAAGAGCUUGCCUCAUCCUAUCGAUUUGAAGCUCAAGCGCUCGCUACCAGCGCCGACAUCAAGCCAUUCCUGGCCGCCAAUGUUUCGGAGCUCAAUAUUGAAAAUGGACCAUUGUUCUCUGUCCGACUUCUCAGUCUUACAGAAGAAUCCAACGCUCAGGUGCUGGUGAUUAAUGCCCACCCAUUGAUUGCUGAUACUACGUCCAUGAGGAUCAUCGUUCAAGACUUGCGUGAGUUGCUCAAGGGCAAUUUCAUUUCCACCAAGCCUUCGUCCUUCCAGACAAUGCUUUCUCGCAACAGCGCAGCCAUCAACAUUGAGGCCCCUCACCCCGAUCUCACUGUUUGGGGUGUCGAAAAUGAGAAGAUCCUGGCCUCUACUCCUAUUGAGAGGGUCAUCACUCUGCCAUCCGGCAUUACCUCCACUCUCAUGGGCGCUGCCAACACUGCGCUUUCCACUCAACCUGGCGAUAUUCUUGUCGCUGUGCUCUCCAAGGUGUGGGCUACCGUCUUCGGACGUCCGGCCUCUAUCGCCGUCAAAGAGGACUCGCGUUCUGCUCGUACUCUCGGUCAAUUCAAUCGUAUUCGACGACUUUCCGACACCCACACACUGAAUUUCAUUCAACUACUUAGCGAGGUCAAGGAUGAACGCGCCUACGAGGACCUCAGUUUGUCUCUGACGCAAUGUCUUCCGGCGUACGUUGAGAUGCUCGUAGAAGCCAUCGACUACACUACCUUCGGUGAUGAGGAAGCUCUCCAGCGUCCUCAGCUUGCGGCCCUCCAGGCUGUCCUCACUGUCUCUGCCAUUGUUACCAAUGGCGAGAUCUCAAUCAAGUUCACUCACAGCGCGAACCUUGGACAGCAAGAAACUCUUAAGACUUUCAUCGAUAUUGUUGAACAGUCAAUCCCUAACUUGACCUCCACACUUGCGAGCGCACCUCGCAAAGCUACCCUUUCCGACUUCCCUCUUCUCGGGUUGGACUAUUCUCAACUCUCCAGUCUCGAGAAGGUGCUCUACGACAUCAACGUUCCGGUCUCGAAUGUUUCCACCAUCAUUCCUUGCACCCCUCUUCAACAACGGAUGCUCAACAGCCAGAAGACUAAUCUUGGAUCCUAUGAGUCCGACACUGCUCAUAGAAUCACUGGUGUUGAGAUUGACAUUCCUCGUCUUCAGUCUGCUUGGAAGCAGGUCACUGCUCGUCAUGAAGCUCUACGUACAAUCUUCAUUCCCAGCGCAUCCCGCAACUUCUUCUCCGACCAAGUGAUACUCAAGAACUACGAUCCGAUUGUCGACGUCAUUCAGUGUGAUGCCGAAAGCAUCAGCCGCAUCAUCGAAAACCACCACACCGUCUCUCACUCUUCUUUCCGCCCUCAUGUCGGCUUCACUCUCUUCCAGACCCGCAAUGACCUGUUCUGCAAGCUCGAGAUCAAUCACGCUCUGCAGGAUGGUAUGUCCACCCGCCUCAUCUACCAAGACCUUGUUCUCGCAUACCAGGGUCUUCUUCCUGAAGGAGAAGCGCCCGGUUUCCAAGAAUAUGUCCACUGGCUUGCCGACCAAGAUCUUUCGUCUGAUGACGAUUUCUGGUCCAGCUAUCUGAGUGACAUUCCUCCUUGCCACAUUCCUCGCAAGACACAAACUCAGACUGCAACCAACGCGGUAGAGAAGGGUUCCAACGUCCUUGUCCCCAUCGAAGUCGACGUCAGCGCUGAUGAAAUUGCAACACUUUGUCGCAAGCAUAAGAUCACUUCUGCGACACUUUUGCAAGCCGCUUGGGUUGCUGUUCUUCGCUCCGUCACGGAGAGCGAGGAGGUCCUCUUCGGUUAUCUUACCGCCAAUCGCGAGCUUGACAUUAAGGGUGUUGACGAGCUCGUCGGCCCCAUGAUCAACAUGCUCGCUUGCCGUCUCAGCCUUACCUCCUCCACUACCUCCGCAGAUCUCCUCAGCAAAACACACUCUUCCUUCCUCGAGACUCUCGAUCACCAGCACGGCUUCGUGUCCUCUGCCAACGCUAUCGAAGCUGAAAUCGGGUGCUUGCCAUUCAACUCCGUCCUCUCAAUUGAGUACGCUUCUGAGGAAUCCGCCUACUAUCCAACCACCUCCGAAGCCACUUCUUCCAAGAGUCUAGGCUUCGAGACUCUCUUCGGUAGCCGUGCUCCUGAAUUCGACGUUGUUCUUGGUGUGUUGCUAGGAGACAAGAAUAUCGAGCUGCAACUCGGCUACUGGGAUGGCAUCAUGGAUGUGUCACUCAUGAAGAAGGUUGCAAAGGCCUACAAGGGUGUUGUUGAGGAGUGGGUUGGUUCUGAGUCGCUUGACUCUUCAAUCCAGAGCCUCAAGGCUUUGGAAGCUUAGUUCCGUCAUUCACUGGUUAUGG